AUGGUACGCGACGGUCCCGAAACCCAGCCUCUACCAGCCUUUGACCAGCCUAGCAGGUUGCAUCACACCAGCGAAGGUGGCAUUCGAGUCAAGAAAUAUUCCAGUGGAUUUAUCGAGUCUUUCUCGAUGCUUUCUUACACGCAGAAUUAUUCUCUGUUCGAGACGAGGGGAGUGGAAUGCAAGUUAGUGAAGCAUUCGCGUGGACAACUCAUGAGAGCAUCUUUGGCAAGGUGUGAAGAACUCGCUCUAGGUGACUCCAAUACAUUUUGUGUGCCAUUCUCACAGAUUCCCGGACUAAUGUGUCAAGACUCAGACUGAAUACUAAUGGCUUACAGGGAUUGAAUAUUGCUCUCCCGAGCAUCGUGGGACGCUCUGUACUUAUUGACCAAGCUUCGUUCUGAUUAUCCGAAACUCUUUCUGCCGUAAGAGGCUAUAAUAACAAGCCUGCAACUGACCUUUCUCAGUGACUCGAGAUUGCCUCUGCCGUUUGCCACUCUUAUCAAUUCAAAAGCUGCUUCUUGCUUCUUCCAGCUUCCUGGGAACUAUUCUCCCACCCGAAACGUUGCAUCGGGCCAUCACGACGUAUGGAAGCAGGUGGAAGACUGAUGAUUUUCCUUUCGUUAGACUCCGCAGUGAGUGAACCUCGAGGAGCAUCGAGAAAAGUCCUUGCUAGGAAAGUCAUGUACCGGAGAUUUGCCAAGCAUCCAUUAUGCUGGUCGUCAAACGUACCAACCUGCCCUUGAUGGCAUUUUAGUCUCAGUCCGGUAUGCGGGACUGGGUCACAGGUUGAAAGAACCAUAGUCGGCCGAAACUCGUGGGCGAGAGUUCAUGAAACGGUCGAACGGUUUUUUCCCGCUGGAACGGCUGUCAUGUUAUGCCGUCAAUGUUACAAGCUCCAUGGUCCGCAGAAGAUCUCAUAAUAACAUGCACAUAAUGUUUAUCUGUUCUACUCCGACUUUCUCCGCUUUUUCACUUGUGUUAUAUACACGGUUGAGGGUGCUGGCUAGAAACCGGACACCCGACCAUGGCCACUCCAGUUGUUGGAGCGAAUCUUGUCCCUCCCACUUUGGAGCCACCAGCAGAAGAGAAACUCGAUAUCGAGCAUGCGGUGGUAACCGACGACCCCCGUAAAUGGUCUCCGGCAAGAAAGACAUCCAUCUUGAUCGCUGUCUCCGGAGCAGCCGUUAUCUGUGGCCUCGGUGCUAACCUGUACAAUCCUGCCAUUGCACAGAUCGAGUCUGAUCUCCAUGCAUCCAGUGGCGAUAUCAGCUGGAGUAUAUCGCUGUAUAUUCUCAUUCUAGGCGACUUUCCCUUGGUCUGGAGCGCCUUCAGUGAGAUAUACGGACGCAAGAAAGUCUACAUUACAUCCUUCGGACUUGGUUUGAUUGGCUGCAUCGUCGCUGCGCUUGCCAAAACUACCGGCGUUCUCAUAGGCAUGCGUGUUAUACAAGCGGCGGGAGCCAGUGCAGUUUUCGCUAUCGGGGCAGCAACACUUGCAGAUAUCUAUGACCCUCAUGUACGGGGAACGAUGAUGGGUAUCUAUUACUCCGCACCUCUCCUCGGACCGGCUCUCGGACCUAUCAUCGGCGGUGCGCUCACUCAAGCGUUCGACUGGCGUGCGACUUUAUGGUUCAUCGUCAUCUUCACUGGACUAUGCUUUGUUGCGUUCAUCUUCUUCCAAGAUACCUUCCGACGGGAACGAAGUCUGACGUAUCAAAAUGUCCUUAGAAGACGACUCAAAGAACGUGCAGCGAAAGGGGAUAAUAGCCGAUCUGGGAUCUCAAUCCUCAGUCAUCAGACAACGGUCUCGACCGAAGCCAAAUUGAACGACAACGAGAAGGUGGUUGCGGCCUUUCCGGAUGCUAGCACUCGAGGGUCGUCCAACGUUGACGUGUCCACUCGAGGCCUGGAACGUCAGUCCGUGCCAUCAACUCAAACGGCUGCUGUUGUUGCAAAAGAAAUAAAGCAAAUCAAGUUGUCUCUGAGAGACGUUAACCCGGUUGGACCUGUCAUAUCCGUUGUCUCAAGACCCAACAACGUGUGUGUCCUUCUGACGUCAGCACUCAUAUUCUCCUUCGGCUAUUCGGUGAAUUACACUUGCUCUCGCACAUUGGCAGACAAGUAUGGUUAUGAUGCACUCAAGAUAGGCCUCGUACUCCUCUCGUACGGUAUGGGCAGCAUGUUCGGAAGCGUUCUAGGAGGUCGAUGGUCUGAUUACGUCUUCCGCCGUUCGAAAGCCAGGAACGGAGGAGUGAGCUAUGCUGAAAUGCGUUUAGAAAGCACGUUCAUCAUGAUGGUUUUCUUACCACCGUCGUCCAUCGCAUUCGGGUGGCUUUGUCAGAAGCAUGUACACAUCGCUGCAAUCUGCGUGUUCCUAUUUUUCUCUGGGUUCUUUGCCAUCUCAAUCUAUGCGAGUACUUUGGCAUACAUUGUGGAUGCGAACACGGGACGCUCUGCCCCUGCAGUAGCUACUAACAGUGCAUUUCGAGGGACUUUAGCAUUUAUCGCCACUGAAGUGGCAGUUCCGCUCCAACUCGCUAUUGGAGACGGCGGGCUGUACACUCUUUGGGCAUGUCUCUUAAUCUUAGCUGACUUCCUUGUUCUUCUGGCGUGGUGGAAAGGUGGAAACUGGAGAGAAAAGGCUGAGCAGAAAGAAGCGCAAAACGAUUCAUAGGUCAUUCGCGACUCGAGCCUAAUUUGUCUCUUCCAGCGCUUCACAUGCAUUCGUAAAGAAUAGUAGGCAAUCAUAAUAUUUCGACAGCCCAAAUCAUUCGCGGUAUAAGCCUGGCGGUGUACAGAAGGGAACUAGAAUUCUGUGUCUGCGAAUGAAAUAUCUCCCGGAUUUGACCAGAAUACGUACUUCCUGUUGGAGAAUAAGUCUCCCUCUCGUCACCGCGCUUUGCCAAUGGUAGGUCAUCGGGGUCAGCUCGCUCCUUCGUCAUCGGCUCAGCGCUCAAGUCACUCUGUACGAGGUCAAUUUGCAACGGCGCACCUUGGGUAAAUUUAUACCAACCCCCAUAUGCUCCUUUGUCUUUGGUACUGGACCAGCUGGAACCGCAACGGCAGUGGAAGUAAGGUAGGAGAAAAUUCCGGCGAGUAGGAUAAUGGUAUACGUUCUGAAGGAGUACAUUUUGGGGUAUUUAAGAUAGGCUGAUGUCCUCAACAGCGAAUUGGGUACGACAGUUGAUAGGAAAGAAGAGUAGUGCGGCUUACAGUUACCACCGCCGACAUUUGUGUCUUUCCUGCAGUGGGCUGACCAGAGAGCUAGAGGCUGACAAUUUUAGU